CCGCGCAUGCGCUCCUCCCGCUCGGCGAGCCCAGCUGCUUCCUCGGACCUGGAGGGGCCGGGCUGGCGGGCGGGCGCGCGCCUGGGGCUGCUGCCGGGGCUCUUCGGGCGGGGUUUGGAAGCAACUCUAAUUAGCACAGUCAGAACUUGGAGGCUCUUGAAGGCUUCCUGAGAGCACAGAUGGAUGAGCAAGAUUCAUCUGGAACUGAAGCAGGAAAGGUCAGUGCCUUCAAAAUUGGGAGCAGAUUCUGUGAAAACACUGUGCAGAAGAUCCUGGGUGAGGAGGACACACUCUGCUCAGAUGUGCAGAGCCAGCGGUUCAGGCAGUUCUGCUACCAGGAGGCUGAAGGACCCCGAGAGGUUUGCAACCGACUCUACCACCUUGACUGUCAGUGGCUAAAGCCAGAAAAGCACACGAAAGCUCAGAUGCUGGACUUGGUGGUCUUGGAGCAGUUCCUGGCUGUCCUUCCACUGGAGAUGGAGAGUUGGGUGAGGGAAUGUGGAGCGGAGACCAGUUCCCAGGCGGUGUCUCUGGCCGAAGGAUUCCUCCUGAGUCAAGCAGAGGAGAGGAAGCAGACAGAGCAGCAGGAAAAGGAUCUGUUUGCAGAAAUGGGCCCGGAUUCCUCUGGGGCAGAGAAGACUCAGCUGAAAACCAGAGAGUUGACACUGGGUGACAGAAGGAUGCCGGCAAGACCUCCUCAUUCAUCUUUUCAUUGUGGUGGAGGGGAAACAGUGGCUGUGGAACCAGACCAGGGUCCAGUGUGCUUUGAAGAUAUAGCUGUUCAUUUCACAGACGAGGAGUGGGCCUUGCUGGAUCCUGACCAGAGAGCUCUGCAUAAGGAAGUCAUGGAGGAGAAUUGUGGCAUCAUGAACUCUCUCAGUGGUGAUGAAUUGAAAAUUAAGAACAGGGGAGACCAUGACGAAAUCCAUCCAGUGGAGAAUCCAUAUGAAGUUUUGGAUUCUGGAGAGAGCCUGAGUGAGAGCUCCCAUUCGACCUCCCAUCAAAUAAAUCCCAUUGGGAAAACACUCUAUCAGUGCUUGGAAUGUGGAAGCAGCUUCACUCGGAAGGAGAGUCUCACUUCCCAUCAAAGAAUUCAUACAGGGGAGAAACCCUAUCAGUGCCUGGAAUGUGGAAAGAGCUUCAGUCGGAACUCCCAUCUUACUUCCCAUCAAAGAACUCACAGCGGGGAGAAACCAUAUCAGUGCCAAGAGUGUGGAAAUAGCUUCACUCGGAAGGAAAGUCUCACUUCCCAUCUUAGAAUUCAUACAGGUGAGAAACCAUACCAGUGCUUGGAAUGUGGAAAGAGCUUCAGCCGGAAGGAAAAUGUCACUUCUCAUCAAAGAAUUCAUACAGGGACCAAACCAUAUCAAUGCCUGGAAUGUGGGAAGAGCUUCAGUCGGAAGAAAAGUCUCAUUUCCCAUCAAAUAAGUCAUACAUGGGAGAAACCAUUUCAGUGCUUAGAAUGUGGAAACAGCUUUAAUACAAGCACAAACAUUCAUAAUCAUGAAAGUAAUCACCUUGGGGAGAAAACAUUUCAGUGCCAAGAAUGUGGAAAGUGCUUCACCUGGAAGAAAAGUCUCAUUUCCCAUCAAAGAAUCCAUACAGGGGAGAAACCCUAUCAGUGCUUGGAAUGUGGAAAGAGCUUCAGUCAGAGUGCCCAUCUCACUUCCCAUCAAAGAUCUCACAGCGGGGAAAAACCCUAUCAAUGCUUAGAGUGUGGAAAGUACUUUAGCCGGAAGGAAAGUCUCACUUCCCAUCAAAGAAUUCAUACGGGAGAGAAACCCUAUCAGUGCUUGGAAUGUGGAAAGAGCUUCAGUCGGAAAGAAAGUCUCACUGCCCAUCAAAUAAUUCAUACAUCGGAGGAACCAUAUCAGUGCCUGGAAUGUGGGAAGAGCUUUAAUAUAAGCACAAACUUCUGUCAGCAUCAGAGAAUUCAUAGUGGGGAGAAACCAUAUCAAUGGCUGUGUACAAAUUUGAUUUUAGAAGACUUUAAUUAGUAUGAGAGUAAAGAUUGCAUUAAUGUAUUUGUCAUUUGUCAACCCAGCAAAGAAGUGGACGUUGUCUCAUAAAACACCCUGUGCUCAAUAUUUCUUAUUCUGUGUACCCAGAUCUGGUUAUCUCCCGCUUGGG